AUGGCGUCUGACAGCCCGCUCUACAUUGGCUUCGACCUCUCAACGCAGCAGUUGAAAGGUCUGGUCGUCAAUUCCGACCUCAAGGUUAUCUACGUCGCCAAAUUCGACUUCGAUGCCGACUCACACGGCUUCCCAAUCAAGAAAGGCGUUCUGAACAAUGAAGCAGAGCACGAGGUGUUUGCUCCGGUCGCUCUGUGGCUGCAGGCGCUAGACGGCGUUUUGGAGAGUCUGCGCAAGCAGGGACUCGAUUUCCGCCGAGUGAAAGGAAUCAGUGGCGCAGGACAGCAACACGGAAGUGUAUACUGGGGCCAGGAUGCGGAGAAGCUCCUUGCCAAUCUAGAUCCCAAGAAAUCCCUCGAGGCACAGCUGGAGGGUGCUUUCUCACACCCAUACAGCCCCAAUUGGCAAGAUUCGAGCACGCAAAAAGAAUGUGACGAGUUUGAUGCGGCUCUCGGUGAUCCUGAGCAUUUGGCGCAAGUCACAGGAAGCAAAGCACACCACAGAUUCACAGGUCCUCAGAUCCUCCGCUUCACGAGGAAGCACCCCGAGGUUUACCAGAAGACAUCGAGAAUCUCCCUGGUUUCGUCCUUCCUGGCGUCGCUUUUCCUGGGCCAUGUAGCCCCAUUCGACAUCUCCGACGUAUGCGGGAUGAACCUGUGGAACAUCAAGAAGGGGGUUUACGACGACCGCCUGGUUCAGCUCUGCUCGGGUGUCUUUGAAGUCGAGGAACUCAAGCGCAAGCUCGGGGAAGUACCGGAAGAUGGAGGACUACACCUGGGCCACGUCCAUGCAUACUUUGUGGAGCGCUUCGGCUUCAGUCCUGACUGUACAGUCAUCCCAGCAACUGGAGACAACCCAGCGACUAUUCUGUCACUGCCCCUGCGGCCAUCAGAUGCCAUGGUUUCUCUCGGCACCUCUACCACUUUCCUCAUGUCCACCCCCAGCUACGCACCUGAUCCCGCCACACACUUCUUCAACCACCCAACAACCCCCGGAUUGUACAUGUUCAUGCUGUGCUACAAGAACGGCGGCCUGGCCCGUGAAUAUGUCCGAGACGCACUCAAUGAGAGCCUAAAGGACACCCCUGCCCAGCCUUGGGCCAACUUCGACCAGGUUGCGCUGCAAAGUCCCCCGUUGGGCCAGCGAGAUUCAACAGGCCCAAUGAAGAUGGGCCUGUUCUUCCCACGAGAUGAAAUCGUACCCAACAUCCGCAAGGGCCAGUGGCGCUUUACAUAUGAUCCAAGCACAGGAAGUCUGCAAGAGACGACCGAUGGAUGGACUACACAGGAUGAAGCCCGGGCUAUUGUUGAGAGCCAGAUGAUUUCACUGCGUCUGCGUUCUCGGGAACUGACACAGAGCCCUGGUAAUGGGCUUCCUGCUCAGCCACGACGGGUUUACCUUGUCGGUGGAGGAUCUAAGAACAAGGCCAUCGCUAAAAUUGCUGGUGAGAUCCUUGGUGGCGUUGAGGGUGUGUAUCAGCUCGAUGUUAGCGAUAAUGCCUGUGCACUGGGUGCUGCAUAUAAGGCUGUCUGGGGUAUCGAGAGACAGCCCGGUCAGACCUUUGAAAGCCUGGUCGGCCAGCGGUGGAACGAGGACCAGUUCGUUGAGAGGAUUGCGGAUGGUUACCAGAAGGGGGUCUUUGAGAAAUAUGGUCAGGCCGUUGAAGGCUUUGAGAAGAUGGAGCAGCAGGUAUUGAAGCAGGAGGCAGAGAAAGGUAACUCUAAAAAGUAA